GGGGAGGGAGGGGAAAGGGGAGUGUUGGAGGCGCCAGAGCCGAGCUGGGCCGGCUGGGCGGGCGGGGAGGAGGAGGAGCCCGGCGGGCUGGCGGGCGGCCGGGUAGCGGCGGCGGCAUGGCGGAGCCGAGCGCGGCCGAGACGAGGCCCCCCAUUCGAGUCACCGUCAAGACCCCCAAGGACAAGGAGGAGAUUGUGAUCUGUGACCGAGCCUCGGUCAAGGAGUUCAAAGAGGAAAUCUCACGGAAGUUUAAAGCUCAGCAGGAUCAACUGGUCCUGAUCUUCGCAGGCAAGAUCCUCAAGGAUGGAGACACACUGAACCAGCAUGGAAUCAAGGAUGGGCUCACUGUCCAUUUGGUUAUCAAGACCCCUCAGAAGGCUCAAGAUCCAGCUAUCACCACGGCUUCUUCCCCCUCUACUCCUGACCCUGCCUCAGCACCCUCUACCACACCUGCUUCACCCACCACCCCUGCCCAGCCUUCCACCUCUGGUAGUGCUACUUCAGAUGCUGGCAGUGGAAGCCGGAGGAGCAGUGGAGGGGGUCCCUCCCCAGGAGUUGGGGAGGGACCCCCCAGUGCUACUGCAUCCAUACUCUCUGGCUUUGGGGGCAUCCUGGGGCUGGGCAGCCUGGGCCUGGGCUCUGCCAACUUCAUGGAGCUGCAGCAACAAAUGCAAAGGCAGCUGAUGUCCAACCCUGAGAUGCUGUCACAGAUCAUGGAGAACCCCCUGGUCCAGGAUAUGAUGUCUAAUCCUGAUCUGAUGCGCCACAUGAUCAUGGCUAACCCCCAGAUGCAGCAGCUGAUGGAGCGGAACCCUGAGAUUAGCCACAUGCUCAACAACCCUGAGCUCAUGAGGCAGACAAUGGAGCUUGCUCGGAAUCCAGCCAUGAUGCAAGAGAUGAUGCGGAACCAGGACCGAGCCCUGAGCAACCUCGAAAGCAUCCCUGGAGGGUAUAACGCCCUUCGCCGAAUGUACACAGACAUCCAGGAGCCCAUGUUCAGUGCUGCCCGGGAACAGAUCUCUUUAAUAUCUGGCUUACUACAAGACAGAUGGCUUCUCAGAUCUGCAUUCAGUUCAUUUCAGUGUUACAUGUCAUGUAGCCUUCGGGAAACUCCACUGUAUCCUCAUGAAAUAUUUGGCAACAAUCCAUUCUCUUCCCUGGCCGGGAACUCCGACAGCUCGUCCUCCCAGCCUCUGCGGACUGAGAAUCGAGAGCCCCUCCCUAACCCCUGGAGCCCCUCGCCCCCCACCUCCCAGGCCCCCGGGUCCGGUGGGGAGGGCAACGGAGGAUCGGGGACCAGCCAGGUGCACCCGACAGUCUCGAACCCCUUUGGGAUCAAUGCGGCUAGCCUGGGGUCAGGGGUGUUCAAUAGCCCUGAAAUGCAGGCCCUUCUGCAGCAGAUCUCGGAGAAUCCCCAGCUAAUGCAGAACGUGAUCUCGGCACCCUACAUGCGCAGCAUGAUGCAGACACUUGCUCAGAACCCUGAUUUUGCUGCUCAGAUGAUGGUGAACGUGCCACUCUUCGCAGGGAACCCCCAGCUUCAGGAGCAGCUCCGCCUGCAGCUGCCGGUCUUCCUACAGCAGAUGCAGAACCCAGAGUCACUGUCUGUCCUGACCAACCCCCGGGCCAUGCAGGCACUGCUGCAGAUCCAGCAAGGACUGCAGACUUUGCAGACCGAAGCCCCUGGGCUAGUUCCCAGCCUUGGCUCCUUUGGGAUGUCCCGGGCUCCAGCACCUUCAGCAGGCAGCAAUGCUGGGGCUGUUCCUGAGGCUGCCACCUCCUCGCCAGCCACACAAGCCACAUCCUCCCCAGCGGGGGCUCCCAGCGCCCAGCAGCAGCUUAUGCAGCAGAUGAUCCAGCUUCUGGCUGGAAGUGGAAACUCCCAGGUGCAGACGCCAGAAGUGAGAUUUCAGCAGCAGCUGGAGCAGCUUAACUCCAUGGGCUUCAUCAAUCGUGAAGCUAACCUACAGGCCCUGAUCGCCACAGGAGGAGACAUCAAUGCAGCCAUCGAGAGACUCCUGGGCUCCCAGCUCUCCUGAUCCUCAGUCUGUGCCUCCUGCCUCUCCCUCCCUGCCCCUCUGCAGCUUGAGGUCCCUUCUGUCUUCUUCCUUGUCCUCUCCAAACAGCAGGUGAUUUGAGAGGAGCUGCUACAUCUCUAACAGGGUGUUCCCUCCUCAAGCAGAGUUACUUAAGCAGGUUUCAAGGUUUAGUUGACUGGCCCCAUCUUCUUGCCCCACACAACCAUUUGCAGUCUUGAGACUCCUCAGUGGCAAUGCAGAGUUGAAGGAAGAACCACCUCUCCAGGUCACUAGAGUGGUCCUUCACCUAUGCCAUGCGGAUAUACCUUGUCUGAUUUAUUUCUGGCAACACUCUUCUUCUCCCUCUCCCUAGCUUCACCCCAACCAAUGCUAAAAUAUCACACUCAGAAGAAAAGGCAGGCAAAGAGCUAUCCUUCCUCUUCAGCCUGUCUGGUCCCUUCAUUCUGCACUUUUUCACAAGCUCUGUUGUGACUUCCAGGGUAAAAGGAAGAUGCCUGUUCUCCCUGUUGACAGAGCAAAAGAGACAUAGCCCUCUAGUCGGGAUUUAACAAGUCCAAGACAAGCCAGAUGGAGGCUGGUAUGGAAGAGGGAAUAAGAUUUUAGGGGGAAGGAAAUGGGGAUGAUGGCAUGAAUUGACAGCAAGGGAGCGGAAGUUCUGAUAGCUCUUUGAGGUUGGAGAGGCCUGGCAGAGCAGACUAGUGGUCUAAAGGAAUUUGAUUUGAAGAAAGGCUCAGUGACACUAAGCAGUAUGACCCCUAAGGCUCAUUGACCCCAUUUCCUCAAACACAAAUGCUUAUGUGCACACACACAUUUCCAUGGACCCAGGACCUGCUUGUGUCCCUAGGCACCAGUAAUUUGAGCCCCCUCAGAAGACAUGGAGGGGGAUGAGGUCUGUCUGAGCAGUGAGGUGGGCAGGGAGUGGGUUCUUGGUUUCUUUUGGGAACUCUCUCCCCCAGAGACAGUCAUGUAGAGUGAAGAAUAGGCAGACACACCUGCAGGAGAGCUAGCGCCCUUGGGCCUCUGGAUGCUGUACCCACAGGUAGUGUGGGUAUCCUUUCUGAAGCUGUCGGGUGUGAGCAAUACCCUAUCACACUUCACUGGGGGAAACAGUAUAGAGGUUUUCCCUCCAGAGACCCUGGCUGUUGGCAUUCUAGCCCCUGCCCUUUUAGUUCUUCACUAUUUCCCUCCAGGUUAGAAAGUUGUAUUUGAGAAAGAAGAGGGUAGCGAUGAAGCCUUUGAUCUGGAAGUGGACACUCCUUUUUGAUCUCCUCUGGAGCACAGAGGAGGUUCAAACCAUCUCUUCCCUCUAUUACUUGGCUGAGCUGCUUGGAGGACCCCAUGGCUGAGAAUGUGGAGGCAGGAGGAACAGAUUGUGCUUCAUAUGGGAGGGUCCCAAGCAGUCUAGACGAUGUCUGUGUGGCUUUCCCUCCCUCCCUGCCUCCCUCAACUCCCACACUGGCCUUUGUAAAUAAAUAGUGUGGUCUUUAUUGUGA